GCCAGUGAGAUUCUAUUGCUGAUGGAAAAGAGAUCGCCCAAAGUGUGUCUCACACCACGAAACGAGCUGCAUUCAUGCUGUUGCCUUGUUACAAUAGCUUCCUUUGUUUCGAGCCGUUUCUGCCCAGACUGUAAAGCUUUGACUAGAUAUUUUUAUUCGCGAAAAAUAUACUGCUGCAAAUACAACUUUUUUUACCGUCUUCUUUCGCACAAGCCCCUCACUGCUACAAAAAGGAGCGUAGGGAUUCGAAUGGAACUGCCCUUCAAUAAGAAGCCUUUAGGAACUGUUUCUGAAGACACAGAAGAAGAACAUAGAGGACUUCAAACGAGUGGAGGUUCUGAAACUUACGCCAGAGAUAUCUUUCGUUCAAAGUGGUUCCCUCCUUGGUUUCCUUCUUUUUUCUUUCCUGCUAUUGGUUGCCUUUUGUUUGGGUAUGACGUUGGAUGUACUUCCUCUGUUUUGAGGGUUUUAGGAAAUAUUCAAGCAUCUCAGUCUUCUUCCUUUGGUGAAUUAUCUUCCUUGACUCUUGGCUUCAUAGCAGCAGCUUCCUUAUUUGGUGCUUUAGGCAGUAGUUUACUAGCCUUUCGGUUUGGAGAUUCCAUUGGUCGCAAAAAGGAACUGCUGUUAUCUGCUAUUUUAUAUAGUAUCGGAACUCUUAUGGAAGCCUUGUCGCCUAACUUACCUUUAUUGUUUCUGGCCAGACUCAUAUUUGGUGCAGGUAUUGGGUUCUCCAUGCAUGCAGCUCCAAUAUAUAUAGCUGAAUGUGUUCCAAGCGAUAAACGUGGACUUUUAAUCUCAUUAAAGGAAGCAUUUAUUGUUACAGGAAUGGUAUUUGGUUAUUUAGUCGGAGCUCUUUGGGAACCUUCCGUUUCACAUUUAGAUUAUUGGUUAUCUUGGAGAUUUAUGUUUGGUUCAGGAAUAAUAUUUUGUCUCCCCUUUCUACUGGGUGUUUUCUUCAUUCCGGAAAGUCCAAGGUGGCUUCUAUUGAAAUCAUCACAAGCAUCAGAAGAAGUAUCAGAAUCUUUUUUGUCUCGUUCCUAUAUGGAACGUGCAAGAUCUUCGCUCAUUCGACUAGCUAGAAAUGAUAAGCAAGCAGCAGAGCAACAAUUGAUAUUACUUUCGCAAGCAAUAAGAGAAGGUUCUUAUUCCAGUGAAUUUCAUGGAGUAUUUUCUUAUUCGGAACUUCUCACACCACAGUCAAGGAAGCCUUUGUUUGUUGCUCUCAGUUUGGUUACAUUUCAACAAAUCACUGGUCAACCAUCGGUACUUUAUUUUGCUAAUCGUUUAUUUGAAGAUACUGGACUUGGCUUUGUUGCUGCUGUCGGUCUUGGAAUUUGGAAACUGAUAAUGACUAUUGUAUCUUCUAUUCUUGUAGAUAAAGUUGGUCGCCGACCUUUGCUGUUGAUUGGUUCAACUGGAAUAACUGUAACAUUAUUUGUGCUUGCCUGGUUAUUUUCUGGAAAUGGUGAAGUAUCCUUGCAGAUUCCCAUCGUUCUCGGUAUAUUCUGUUAUGUAGGUUCUUAUCAAAUUGGUUUUGGUCCGAUCACUUGGUUAGUGUUGAGUGAAAUAUUUCCAUUAAGAGUUCGUUCAGCUUCACUUGCCAUUGGCACUUUGAUUAACUUUGGUAUGAAUCUAAUGGUGACUUCCACUUUUGAAUGGGAACGAGAAUGGUUUGGAACGAGUGGAUUAUUUUUACAGUUUGCAUUGAUUGGUCUUUUCUCUAUUUGGUUCAUCUAUGAAAAAGUCGUCGAAACAAAAGGUUUGACAUUGGAAGAAAUUGAAGCAAAGUUACGUCGUUAACUCCAUUAAAAGUCUUGACAAGCUC